CCUAACACUAAUUAUGCAAAAUUGAAUUGAUUCUCUCUUGAAAAAACAUUUGAAAAAAAAAGCGACAACACAACAACAUCAAUAUAUUCCGCCAAUCUCGCUGUCACUCUCUCCUCUUCCUUUUUCCUUCUUCUUCUUCUUCCUCUUUCACUUUCUCUCUCCUCUGUUUCUUCAAUUAGCAGGGCAUCUCCUUUGAACUCCUCUCAAGUAUAAAGAAGGAUGGCUGACGGAGAGGAUAUUCAACCCCUUGUCUGCGAUAAUGGAACCGGGAUGGUUAAGGCUGGGUUUGCAGGAGAUGAUGCACCAAGGGCAGUCUUCCCCAGUAUCGUUGGUCGUCCGAGGCACACUGGUGUCAUGGUUGGUAUGGGUCAAAAGGAUGCAUACGUUGGAGACGAAGCUCAAUCCAAGAGAGGUAUUUUGACGUUGAAGUACCCAAUUGAGCACGGUAUUGUGAGCAACUGGGAUGAUAUGGAGAAGAUUUGGCAUCACACUUUCUACAACGAACUUCGUGUUGCCCCAGAAGAGCACCCUGUCUUGCUAACUGAGGCCCCACUGAACCCCAAGGCUAAUAGGGAGAAGAUGACUCAGAUUAUGUUUGAGACAUUCAAUGUUCCUGCUAUGUAUGUUGCCAUUCAGGCCGUUCUCUCGUUGUAUGCUAGUGGUCGUACUACAGGUAUUGUGCUCGAUUCCGGUGACGGUGUGAGUCACACUGUUCCAAUCUACGAGGGUUACGCUCUUCCCCACGCAAUCCUCCGUCUGGAUCUUGCCGGUCGUGAUCUCACAGACUAUCUCAUGAAAAUCCUAACCGAGAGAGGUUACAUGUUCACGACAUCAGCCGAACGGGAAAUUGUCCGUGAUAUUAAAGAAAAGCUAGCCUACGUUGCUCUCGAUUACGAGCAGGAGGCGGAAACAGCCAAGAGCAGUUCCGUGAUAGAGAAGAACUACGAGCUACCCGACGGGCAAGUGAUCACGAUUGGUGCUGAGAGGUUCCGUUGUCCAGAAGUCCUGUUCCAGCCUUCACUGGUUGGAAUGGAAUCUUCUGGAAUCCAUGAAACAACCUACAAUUCUAUCAUGAAGUGUGAUGUGGAUAUCAGGAAAGACCUUUAUGGUAACAUUGUGCUCAGUGGUGGUUCAACUAUGUUUCCUGGUAUUGCUGAUCGUAUGAGCAAAGAAAUUACUGCUCUUGCUCCUAAUAGCAUGAAGAUCAAGGUUGUUGCUCCACCCGAGAGGAAAUACAGUGUCUGGAUAGGAGGAUCUAUCCUUGCAUCACUUAGCACGUUCCAACAGAUGUGGAUCUCCAAGGGCGAAUAUGAUGAGUCUGGCCCAUCAAUCGUACAUCGUAAGUGUUUCUAAGUUAUGUUUCCAAAACUGUUAGUCACCCCCCCCCCCCCCCCCCCCCCUGCCUCUAGGAACAUACCAGGUUGGUGAACUGUUUAAGUCUUGUAUAAUUAUAGUUUCGUUUAUAAUGAAAUGAAGCUUAGGUACCGUGGAUUUUGUAGAAUGUAAGGCACUGAGUUUUUAUUGGUGUUUGGAUGGUUGUAACUGCGAUUUAAUGAUAUUUGGUUUGUAA